CCAACUCUGUCCUUAGUCCCGCCUCCUCGCUCCCUGAGAAGCCAGGUCUCUGAAAGCAGCCAGGCGCAGGCCGAGUAGAGGGGCCAGCCGCUGGGUUCUCGGGUCGCGCGCGGGCUACCCUCCGCAGGAACGCCAGCCAUCAUCAGAAGUUGAAUUAUUCCUGUCAUUUGUUAGCCAUUUUAUAAAGGUAGAGAAUUAAAACACACUAUGUCUGAUGAAGUUUUUAGCACAACUUUGGCAUAUACAAAGAGUCCAAAAGUCACCAAAAGAACUACUUUCCAGGAUGAGCUAAUAAAAGCAAUUACAGCUCGCUCAGCCAGACAAAGAAGUUCUGAAUACUCAGAUGACUUUGACAGUGAUGAGAUUGUUUCCUUAGGUGAUUUUUCUGACACCUCAGUAGAUGAAAAUUCAGUUAAGAAAAAAACAAAUAAUUUUCACAUAUCAGAUGAUGAAGAAAACAAUUCUCCAAAACUGUCUUUUUUGAAAACCAAGAAAUCAAGCCAUGAUGUGAGGAAACAUGAGCCAGUAGUCUCUAUCAAAAAUGAUGACACUGCACUUGAUGAUGGUGAAGGCAUAGUUGUAAAUUCCUUAUCUGAAUCUCAAAAUGAACAACAGGAAGUUGAAAAAGAGAAAAUUAAAAUGGAAGCUAAACCUAGAAUUUUUCCAAUCAAAAGUACACCUUCAGAAAAUAACAGCAGCCUUGAAGCAGACAACCAUUUUAAGCCUUCACCUCGACCAAGGAGCAUGUUGAAAAAGCACAGCCAUGGGGAGAAGAAAGAUAGCCUAGGAGAUGAUAAAGAAACUGUCCCACAUGAAGAAUUUGAGGCACAUUCCACACCUUUGUUCCUCCCGAGGCUGAAUGGCAGACAACCAGAAGCUGAGAAGAAUGCAUUCUCUGAAAAUCUUGAUCCUGAGGAUCCAUGGUUAACAAGUGUACCAUCAUCAUCUGAUAAAGAAAAUCUUAAAGAUUCCUUUUCACUAGGAUCUGAGGAAAAAGCCUCCAUUACAGUAUAUCAGAAUGAAGAAUGCACUGAAACCCAUAAUUCCUUGAAAUCAACCGAAAAUGAAAAGACCCCAUUUUUGAUAGACUUUGUAACUACUGCACUUGAGAAACCCAAGGAAAGUCAAGUGACUGUUGGUGACGUUGAAGAAGAAAAGAAGAAAGCUGAACUGAUUAUGCAUGAUGGCUUAACAGCUGAAGAGCCACCACUACUACAACUUCAGAGUAUCUUGUGUACUGAGUCUUCAAAGAAAGCAAUUCAAGAUAGAACUAUGAAGAAUAAAAAACCAACAAAUAAUAGAGCAUCUAGUGCAUCUGGCAGAUUAAUGACCUCUGAGUUCUUAAAGAAGCCUAGUUCUCUAAGGAGGACUCCGUCGACAGCUCCAGCUUCUCACUAUUUAGGGACUUUGAGAGUCUUGGACCAAAAGCCCUCACAGAAACAGAACACAGAACCUGACAGAGCAGAUAACGUAAGGGCAACUGUUUAUCAGGAGUGGUUAGAAAAGAAAAAUAUUUAUUUACAUGAAAUGCACAGAAUUAAAAGAAUUGAAAGUGAAAACUUAAGGAUUCAAAAUGAACAGAAAAGAGCUGCUAAGAGAGAAGAAGCCUUAGCAUCAUUUGAGGCCUGGAAAGCCAUGAAAGAAAAGGAAGCAAAGAAGAUAGCUGCAAAAAAAAGGCUUGAGGAAAAAAACAAGAAGAAAACUGAAGAAGAAAAUGCUAUGAGAAAAGGAGAAGCACUGCAAGCUUUUGAAAAAUGGAAAGCAAAAAAGAUGGAAUACCUUAAGGAGAAAAAUAAAAAAGAGAAAGAAUAUGAAAGAGCAAAGAAACAGAAAGAGGAGGAAAUUGUUGCUGAGAAAAGAAAAGAUAACUUAACUGCUGUUGAAAAAUGGAAUGAAAAAAAGGAAGUUUUUUUCAAGGAAAGGGAAAAAGUAAAAAUACAUGAGAAAAGAAAAGAAGAACUGAAAAGAGCUGAGAAAAAAGAAAAAGAUAAACAAGCUCUUGAGGAAUAUGAAAAAUGGCUGCAAGCUGUACUGACUGAAUGGUCUAACAGAAAGAAAUAACCUCUUCUCCUGUAGCAGAAAUAAAGCUGAGUUCUGGGAGCUGAGUGAAUUUACUUUUUGAGGCCCAAAGAGAAGAAUCAAGCCUGGUAAUAUUCUCCUGAAGACGUUUGUCUAUUUAAGGCGUUUGAUUUCCCUGUAUUUCUUUUUAAAUGAUCAGAUAUCAAUAUCAUUAACAUUUAUUAAGUUUUUCUUAAAAUAUGUGUGUGCUCAAUCGUGUCCAACUCGAUGCAACCCCAGGAGCCCGCCAGACUCCUCUGUCCAUGGUAUUUUCCAGGCAAGAAUAUUGGAGUGGUUUCCCAUUUCCUUCUCCUCCAGGAGAUCUUCCCAACCCAGAGACUGAACUGGCUGUCUCCUGCAUCUCCUGCCUUGGCAGGUGGAUUCUUUACCACUGUACCACCUGGGAAUAUGAGGGAAUAUUAAUUCGAAUUAAAAACACUAAAAUCCUACAGAUUUUCAGAUUAAACUUCUACUUUUGUAAACUGUAUUGAGUACUUGGAAAAUGCUGACACUUCAAAGUAAAUAGCAAUUUAAUGAAUAUUUUAAAACAUUACUGAGAACUAUUUCCCUAGAAAUUUUAUUUUAUUUCCAUUUAUUUUUAUUAGUUGGAGGCUAAUUACUUUAUAAUAUUGUAGUCAUUUUUGUCAUACAUUGACCUGAAAAUUUUAUUCAGAACUGAAGUUUAAUAAUAACCAAGAAAACUGUGCUAAGUCACUUCAGUUGUGUCUGACUCUUUGCAACCCUAUGACUGUAGCCCACCAGGCUCGUCUGUCCAUGGGAUUCUCCAGGCAAGAAUACUGGAGUGGGUUGCCAUUUCCUUCUCCAGGGGAUCUUCCUGACCCAGGGGGUCGAAUCCAAGUCUCCUAUGUCUCCUUCAUUGGCAGGCAGGUUCUUUACCACUAGCGCCACCAUUUUAUUCAGAAUUAAAGUUCAUAAUAACCAAGAAAAUUAGUGUUACAUAAAUAAAAAGAAAAUGAUAUGGUGUUUUAGAUCAGGAAGAGGUUAAAUUUUUCUUAAUGUAAGAAAAUAAGAACUGGGGCUUCACUGGUGGCUCAGUGGUAAAGAAUCUGCCUGCCAGAGGAGCAGACAUAGGUUUGAUCCCCAUUCCAGGAAGAUCCCACAUACCGUGGAACAGCAAAACCUGUGCCCAACAACUCUUGAGCCUGUGUGCUAGGGACCUGGAGCCGCAACUACUGAGCCCAUAUACUGCAAUUAUGGACAUCUGUGCCCCUGAAACCUGUGCUCCGCAACAAGAGAAGCCACUGCAAUGAGAAGCCCAGGCAUCACAGCUAGAGAGAGUAGCCCCACACACUGCAGCUAUCGACAGAGAAAUGUCUGUGAGGCAAGGAUGACCCAGCACAGCCAAAAAAUAAAUUAAUAAAAUUAUAAAGAAAAAGAAAGUAAGAAUUGUUCAGGGAUAACAAUAUUCCAAUGGUCUGCAUUGUAUCACAUUUUGAAAAUGUGAGUAGAUCAUUUACUGUUUUAAAUAGUAUUGAAACUGACGUUUUUUUCACUGUUGCCAAAGCAGUAGCUGUUAGUUACGUGUCCAAAGUUUGGUACAGUAGAGUGCUAUAACUAUGCAUCUGAAAGAGAUUUUAAUAAUUUAAUAAACCUGACCCAUAUUCUUAUUUCUAAGUUAAAGAAACUGAUUUCCGAAGCCCUGCACUUGCCUGUUCUCACACAAAGGACCAUAAGAAAUCUAGAGUUACAACUCAGGUAUCAGGUUUCCCAGCUGUAGAUUGUCCACCAUUCUACAGUUUUGAUAAUCUGCCAUUAUUUAUGUCAUCGGGUUUUGUACUCUCAGAUGUGUCCUUGCUCUUCCACAGCCUUCUCCAUAACCUCAGAUCAGAGCUGUUUGUGUACCUACAGUUUCAUGGAAAAUGUGGGGAAAUACUGUAGUUUUUAAAAUGCUGAAUCAUGGGCUAAGAUACAGUAGAGAAAAAGAAUUUUACAAAAUAGGAUAAAUUGAUGUUUCUCAAAAUCGUUCCCAAGAAUAAACUAGUACAAAAAAACUCACUGUCCUGAUUUAAUUUUGACUCUGCUUUCAAUAAUGCUCUAUUAAAAAAUAUUUAAACCCACAUGCCUCCAUUCUAUGCAAAGCAAAGAUGCUAUCAAUUAUCCUGCUUCCUGGAUACAUUGGCAACCAGCAAUAAAGAAUGCUAUGUGAUAUUUAACUGGAGACUUCUCUGAAUUCUUUUCUGUUAAAAUUUCAUGUUAUGUGGUUAUUUUGAAACAUAUGUAUUACAUGUAGUUGUAUAAUGUUGACUUACUGAACUAAAUUCUUCCUAAAGGAUGUUUUAAGAAUUAUUUUAGGACAUGUGUUUAAUGUCUGCUUUUCAGUAGUGUAAUUUCAUAUGAUGCAUUAAAAGGGAAUCAUUCAAGAUA